CCCCUCCCAUAUCCGUUGCUCAAAAGCCGGCUCCGCAAGACGCGGGGUCCCAUCUUGCUCCGCUUCGUGCUCCGCUCUGCCAUCUGCAACAACGCUCUCUCCAUCCACCUCUCUCGCAAACCAUCCCUUUGUCCGUCCAUCUACCGAUCUCUUUCUUCGUCUCUCGCUCACCUCAUCUCGCUGUGGACAUUGCCGCGUCCGACUGACUUGCAACCAGCGUGUCCGUGUCACCAUUCCGCGAGUCCCACGUGUUUGAGAUUUCACAUCACGUACCCUACGCAGUUGUGUUUGUGUGUUGUGUGACGCACAUUCGUCUUCAUAAUUAACCGACGCCUGCUCGCAGAUCUCAGCCCAUGGCUCUCGCCGUGCGCUCGGUGCUCAUCAGCGAGCCAGUGGACCCGUGCUGUGCGCGCAUCCUGCGAGAUGGUGGCCUCGAGGUGGACGAGCGACUCGGCAUGAGCCCCGCCGAGCUCGUUGAGUGCAUCAAGGACUACGAUGCGCUGAUCGUUCGCUCGGCGACCAAGGUGACGGCGGAGGUGCUGCACGCUGGCGAGCGCCUGCUGCUCGUGGGGCGCGCUGGCACGGGGGUCGACAACGUCGAUGUGGAGGCGGCCACGCGGCGUGGGGUCAUCGUCAUGAACACCCCUGGGGGGAACACAAUGAGUGCGGCAGAGCUCACGUGCGGGAUGCUGCUGUGCCUGGCACGGUUCAUCCCCCAAGCGAUGGCCUCUAUGCACGAGGGCAAGUGGGAGCGCAAGAAGUUCAUGGGCACAGAGCUGCUGGGGAAGACGCUCGGCAUUGUGGGUCUGGGCCGCAUCGGCCGGGAGGUGGCGCUGCGCAUGCAGGCGUUCGGCAUGACGACCAUCGGCUACGACCCCAUCAUCCCGGCGGAGGUGUCGGCGGCAUUCGGAGUGGAGCAGCUCUCACUCGAGCAACUGUGGCCCAAGUGCGACUUCAUCACCGUGCACACCCCACUCAUGCCCUCCACCACCGGCCUCCUGAAUGACGCGUCGUUUGCUCGCUGCAAGCGCGGUGUGCGCGUGGUGAACUGCGCGCGUGGGGGGAUCAUAGACGAGGACGCGCUGCAGCGCGCGCUCGAGUCUGGGCAGUGCGGGGGCGCUGGGCUCGACGUCUUCAUUCAGGAGCCCCCGACGAACAUAGCGCUGAUUCGCCACCCGCGCGUGGUGUGCGGGCCCCACCUGGGCGCGAGCACGCACGAGGCACAGAGCCGCUGCGGGGAAGAGCUGGCGCAGCAGGUGGUGGAGCUGGUACAGGGCAAGGCGCUGGUGGGCGCGGUGAACGCUGGGUGUCUGGGCUCGGCCCUGGCCCCCGAGACGCGGCCGUGGGUGAAGGUGGCGGAGUCUCUGGGUGCGGUGGCGCGGGCGGUGCUGGCGCAGGGCGUGCGCGGGGCGAGCGUGCGCGUGGCGACACAUGGCGACGGCGGGCCGGCCGUGGCGGUGCUGGCUCCGGCCGUGCUGACGGCUCUGCUGCGCGUCGACGGAGAGAAUCACCUGAACCUCGUCAACGCAGCCAUCUUCGCCAAAGAGGCCGGGGUCACGGUGUCGACGGCGCACGAGGCGUCUCCCCCGCAGGGGCUGGAGCCCUCCUCCACGCCCUGCCUCUCCGUGGAGCUGCAGGGCGGCCCCGCCAUUGUGCUGGUGGGCACCGCGCGGGGCGAGCAGCCGCUCCUGCUGGCCGUCAAUGGGGCCUCCUUCCUCCCGGCUGGCGCCCCGCUCGCUGGCACUGCCCUGCUCUAUCGCACCGCGCCCGGAGCGCACGCCUUGCCGGCGGUGGCGGGAGUGCUGGCGGCCCAGGGUGUGGAGGUGCGCUCUUUCUGCGUGUCCGCCGUGGGGGGGGAUGGGGCCCAGUGGGGGCUCCUGGGCCUGUCAAGCCCCAUGGCCACUCUCGACGGACUCGCAGCACACGUCAAGAAGGCCAUGCAGAUCCAGUUCUGAGCGCGGCGUGGCUGCAUCGUCACCAUAAUCGCUGUCAUCAUCGCUCUCAUCAUGAUCAUCAUUGUCUUGCUGUCGCUGCUCCCAUUACAACAUCCUAACAACCAUCAUAUUAUAAACUUUACACUUGUUAUGAUGCGAUCGUAAUCGCACCAUCGCCAUCAUACUUGUCAACAUCACACUUGCCAUCGUCAUCGCCGCCAUCACAUUACCAUCGCACUAUCAUUAUCUUCACACCACUGCAAUCGCAUCAUCAAGGUCACACCGCAAUCUUCACAUCAUUAUCACAUGAUCAUUCACACUACCAGCAUAUGAUAAUGUUGAUCACAUCACCACCAACUUGCCUCCACCACAAUCACAACUACCACUGUAAUAACACCAGCACCUUCACACCCACACAUCGUACAUAGCCAACCGUGCAAAUCGGAGAUGCGGAUGAAGGAAAACAAACUAAUCUCGACAAGCAUCAUCACCACACACUGCGCUAGAACCCCCCCCCCCCGUGUCCCACACCAGCACGGCAGGUAGAGGAGACGUGAACGGCAGACCACUCGUGGCUGCUUUAGUGUGUGUUUGUGUUGUUGCUUGUCGCGUCCUCCAGUCCUCGCACAGCGCUUUGUCUCUAUCGCGCAGGGGUAUGAUUCGCGUGUUGGCGGAAAAUUGUUUCUGCUGGUUUUUGACAAAGAAUGGGUCAGUUUGGUGGUAAAAAUAGCAUGGGGUUCGACCUUGUUUCUAUCAACUUAUACUGCUCAACCAGUGCAUGAAGUCGGCCCUGGAUGUGUGUGAUGUGCAGCAACUUCUUUGGCAGUGGAACAGAGAAGAUGGGGAAAUGCAGAAAGGUGUGCCGUGGCGUACGGAGCAAAUGCAAAGGGGAAGGAGAAUGGAGCGGAAGAACAGGGGUUUGAGAAUCCUCAACGUGAUGAUGUUCUCAAUUUAUUGGAAAUUUCCAAACAUGGCUAGUUGCACGUGGUCCAGUUGAAACAAAGUUGUUACCAGCUUCGUUUAUGCUUCGAAAACAAAGCACUUAGUAUAGACAUUGAAUGUUAGAAGUUAUUCCUAGUGCCAUUGUGACCGUCGGGUUUUGCGGGAGACAGUGCUGUUUGUUUAGUUAUUUUUGCCGUUUUUUGCGAUGGUUGCACUAAAUGCUGGCUCUUUGGCUACAUUGACCAUUGGGCCUUCAGCCAUGUCAAUUGGACGUGCUUAGUCUGAACAGUGUGGAGCAGACAGCACUGCCUCUACCUAGGCUCUUCUCGGCAAAGGAGAGACCGCUCGGCUUGAAUGUUGACCGUCGCUCAGUCACUCUCGGCUUGUAUCCAAGCCACCGACUGUUGUCUGUCUUGUGUCGUUUUAAAUGUGUUAAUAUGUACUUAUUCAUAGCCUGCUUCGAGUUGUGUUGCAUCUGAAAGAUGAAAUAGCAUUUUUUUAGAUCAUAUAUGUUUAGAAUAAAAAGCUCAAAUAGUU